AUGUCUCGUUCAUUCUUAGUGGAUUCAUUAAUCAACACCCAAUCACCAAAGGAUUAUCAACCAAAGUUAACACAACAUUUUCAUCCAAAUGCUGUACCAAUGUUUCCAUAUCCACCUGAAUAUUUAAGCAAUUAUUUGCUAUCACUACAACACCAAGCGAACUUAUUUAAUCAAAUCAAUCCAGUUCGUCCAAUUAUAAAACCAGAACCACGUGUAAUGUUACCAUCAAAACGUAUUUCCUUACCCAUAACACAUCCAUACGAACGAUUACCAGAACAACAAACAAUCAUCUCCUCACCAAAAAUGUCUCCAUCCAAUCAAAGUGGUGCAUCUACGUCACGAGAAUCAACUCCAACUCCCCCAUCGCCAAGUAUUAAAUCUGAGUCAUCCGAUUCGAAGAUUGAUAACUCAAGUAAACGAAUUCGUACUGCAUUUACCUCGACACAAUUACUUGAACUCGAACGUGAGUUCUCGGCGAAUAUGUACUUAUCACGAUUACGUCGUAUUGAAAUUGCAUCAUGUUUGAAAUUAUCGGAAAAACAAGUGAAAAUCUGGUUUCAAAAUCGUCGCGUUAAAUACAAGAAAGAAGAUUUGCCACAAUCAUCAAUUACAUCAUGUUCUUCAAUACCAACGACAACCUCAUCAUCCAGUAACUUGUCAGGAUGUUGUCAAAACAAAUCAGGACUAUCGAAGUGUUGUUGCUUACGCACUAAUAACGCACGUUCUAGGUCAAAAGACUCAAUGUCAUCACCAAUAUCGUCAUCGUCAUCAUUAAUAUCUAGUGCAUAUAACAAUAAUAAUAACACCACGUCGACAUCGGAUGAGUAUGCAAUGAUGCAGGUUAGAAAUUGUAGUGAUGUUGAAGAUUUUUCAAGUGAUCAACAUAUCGAUGUGACAAACACAGAUGAAGAUGACAAAGCAGAUGUGAAUGUAAAACGUUUUUCACAUGGAAAUAAACAUUUAUUCUAUCAGACGUAA